CAGGGUUACUCGGUGAAGCCAGGUUGUGCUAAGUGCUAACUAGCAUCACGCUAACGACGAAAGGCGCCAAUGAGCAGCAAUGGCGUCUGUUUGCUCCUCGGAGCAACAGGCGUCGGGAAAACCCUCCUGCUAAAACGUUUGCAAAAGCUCAGUUUGCAUGGAGAUUAUGACUCGGAUGCCCUGCCACAUACUCUGCCAACGGUAGGAACCAAUCUGACGGACUUGACCCUAAAGAGAAAGAAGUUGACAGUGCGGGAGCUUGGAGGCUGCAUGGGCCCAAUAUGGCACAGUUACUACAAUGAUUGCUGCUCUGUAAUAUUUGUCGUAGACUCGGCCAACAUUUGUCAGACGUCGUCUUCAUGUAUCCAGCUGUUGUCUGUGCUUUCAGCCGAGCCUCUGCACAAUGCAUCUGUGCUGAUCCUCUUCAACAAGAGGGAUAUGCCUUGCACUAUGAGUCUGGGUGAGAUCCAGUCCCUUUUCCGGUUGGAUGACAUCCUUGCGUCGGCUCCUCAGACUGUCACAACACUGGAGGUCAGCUGACUGUGACUGUGUACGGGAGAAUGACAGGAAUGCAGAUGCCUGACAGUCAGUGGAGAAUAAAAAGCACAACGCUCGUUGGGACUGAAUGUUGCACAUCAGACGAGGCAAAUAUAACUAUCUAUAUAACUAAUAACCUCAAUGACGAUUUGCAUUGUGCCAAAUGAAGGAUGGCUGUGUUUUCUCUUUAAAUGUACACUCAAACAUGUGACCUGUCCUGGAGCCCGCCACCAAAUUCUGGGGGCACUUGCAUGCAGAGAGAUGGAGCUUCACUUCUGUGCUCACAUUACAGUUAAGUGCAUCGAGGACAUCAAAUGUAGCUUGUUACUGUAACUGCUUUAGUGAGAUAAGAUGACAACUUAGCAGAAAGAAAAGUCGGUCGGGAGGAAGCUGAGAGGCACUUCAUGGCCAAAAGACACGUCGGUCUUAAAAACAUGUCAAGACACCUCUUCUCAAAGCAAUCACACAAUUCUGACUUCAAAAUAAAAGUGCUACUCGUCACAUCCGGUCCAACUACACUAACCAAAAUUAAAAAUGGUUGACAUUACAAUCAUUCUUUGGUUAUCAAAGAUGUUUAAAAGACUUCCUUGUGGUCUACAUAACAUGUAAUGGUGGUUCUUUUGUCCAAAUUUCGCAUAGAUGAUAUUUUACAGACCAUGUUGAAGCCGCUUUGUGACCAUAUCUUCAGCGUGGGCGGUUUUAUUUACGUGCCUCCACUUUGACUGCAUCUUCUCCCCGUUAAAGUACCAAUGAUUGUCACACACACACUAAGUGUGGCGAAAUUAUUCUCUGCAUUUGACCCAUCACCCUUGAUCACCCCCUGGGAGGUGAGGGGAGCAGUGAGCAGCAGCGGUGGCCGCGCCCAGGAAUCAUUUUUGGUGAUUUAACCCCCAAUUCCAACCCUUGAUGCUGAGUGCCAAGCAGGGAGGUAAUGGCUCCCAUGUGUAUAGUCUUUGGUACGACUCGGCCGGGGUUUGAACUCACAACCUACCCAUCUCAGGGCGGACACUCUAACCACUAGGCCACUGAGUAGGUUUUUUUAGUUUUUAACGCUUCUAUAUGGAAUCUACCAACAGACAUAAGUUUGAACUGUACGCUACUUUGUAUUAGAAAUGGCAACAGCUAAAUAUGCACAUGCAUGUAUGAGCCAGUCUGCCUCAGAACAAGAAGAAUGGGAAAAAGGAACUUAUUGACUACAACGUCGGACUACAAUUGAAGACUCGCGCAAAGCUCUUUGAAUAAAACGUAACCAUACAGGUAAAAGCCAGUAAAUUAGAAUAUUUUGAAAAGCUUGAUUUAUUUCAGUAAUUGCAUUCAAAAGGUGUAACUUGUACAUUAUAUUUAUUCAUUGCACACAGACUGAUGCAUUCAAAUGUUUAUUUCAUUUAAUUUUGAUGAUUUG